AUGUCGUAUCGAGGAGGAUACAGAGGUCCGGCAGACAGAUCGCGCUCACCACCACGCUUCGCUGACCGGAGAUCAUCUAUCGCGAGCGCAUUCGACACUCGACAUCCAGGACCCUCGCGCAGCAACGGCAACGAUGCGCCGAGGGGCCCCAGAUCUCAAUUUGAUGGUCCUCCCGUGAGGGGCCCACCUCCGGGCGGACUUGCCGCCGGAGGCCCACCACGAACACUUCGCGAUGCACCACCAUUAGGAAGCUCCGAUCGUGCGCGUCCUUUCAGAGAACGAGACUAUCCAGAACGUCGAGAGCGAUCGCCACCUCCAGUAUUACCACGCGACAGGUCGCCGCCAAGGAAGUUCAAUGAGGCACGCGACUUUCCACCACGCGAUAUAGACGUCAGAAGUGCACGCAGGUCUUCGCGCGAUGGUCCACCUUCGGCUGGCUCCAACUACUCUGAUAACGCCCCGUUUGCAUCUGCGCCGACUUUCCGAGGAGGUUUCAGAGGCAAGGCCCGUGGGGACUUCUUUGAUCGCGGGAGCAGCCGAGGAGGUCGGCGAAACAUUGAUGAUCGAGGCGACUGGUUCGGACGGCGGGAGCGUAGUCCGCCACCCAGAUUCGGGCGAGACCUUUCUCGAGAUGGACGCGAACCUGAGCGCAGGGAUGACAGGAGAUUCGAGCGACGUGACGAUGAGCGUCGAGGCGAAUGGCUUGACAGAGAACGGGAAGUGGAUCGGACGCGGCGAGACCUACCUCCAGGCAGAUUGGAGUCGAGGGGGUCCGCCGACUCUAUGCCCACUACGAACACAACCUAUCCAGCUCCUGCGGCGCCCCCGAUCAACCCAGAGCGGCUCGCCAUCAUCGAGAGCUCGGGGGCGGACACGUCUAUGAGGAGACCAUCCUCAUCGCAACUUACACAACCAAAGCGGGACCCACCACCAGAGACACCGUCGUACCUCAAUGGACGCGCAGAGACGACAGCGAAUCGCUACGGCUCUCGUGGCUCGUCGCCACCAACACAAGCGCCUCCUGUGCCAGCUUUCAGUUUCUCCAUUGCGCCGACAUCAAGUAACCAAGGCCCUCCCACAGCUAAAGUAUCAACAGAGCCAAGAUCUUCAACGACUGCUGAUGCUCCUGUGUCAGAGUCACAUCCAGCACCAGAAGAGCGACCUGCGCCGCCAGCAAACGCACCCACAGCGCCGAAAGCAGCACCUGUUGCACCGAAGGCCCACCAUGCGAGCCCACCGCCGUCUGCUCCGAAGGCCCCUCGUGCUCUUGAACUGGAUGCUACAAUACCUCCUAGCAACCGGUUGCAAGGUGUUCGGUCGAUGGAAAGCCUGCCUCCAUCGACUGCGCAUCACGCGCCUAUGGCACAGCACCCGGGAGCGUCUCGCCAAGCCUUGCCACAUCUGUCGCAGACAACAUCACCGAAUGUUCCUUCUGCGUCGCGAUUCCCGGAAUUUGCAGCACCCACAGCUCCAAAAGCGAUAAGGCCGCCUACUCAGACGCCAGUCUCCCCGUGCCCACCAUUCACAUCUCCUCGAACUGAGGCAGGUGACUUCCAAGGCACGCAAGCAGUUCAAAGGAGCCAAACCCCGCCACCGUCUGCACCUUCAGGGCCCCGCAAGCGUUCGUUUAGUGUGUCGCCAAAGGUUCCGGCUUCGAGCAUACCUACAGCACCGAAGGCAAUCAGGGCCCCGCCAGUCGCACCCAGGACGGGAGAUCGUCCAAUACCUCCGAUAGCUAGGUCACUUGACAGGCAAGGUACACUGCCUCCGUUCGCUCCUUCUGGGCCACGAAGUCAUCAGUGGAACCAAUGGCGAAGACCUGGUCCUGCGGUGUAUGGGGAGAAGCUUGGUCCAGCCAUCCCAGCUAAGCGAGAUUCGAAUGGAGAGGAGAAAGAUGGGAAACACUCUUCGAAUGGACCUUACCCAUACAUGGAGAAUCGAGCAGCACUGAAUGGUACUGCAGCCAAAGGCGAGGAGCAGGAACUCCAGCGGUCUACUGCGUCGGAGUCAGCUGCGCAGCCUGUUGACCGCAUGAAUAUCGACCACGAGCCAUCACGCCGUAGACCAGGACACGCAGAUGGCCAGUCCGCAGCUCAAACCCAUCAGUCAUUCUUUGGUAAGACCAUGGACAAGUCGUCCGAAGACGAGAUAGCUUCAUCCAGUGAUGACGACGAACUCGACGACGAGGAAGAUGCGACUCUUCUGGAAGCCAAGCAUGCUCGCAAGGAAAGAGAACUUAGAGGCCAAAUGGUCGAUCUGAGUACGCGAGACUAUCGGGCGACAUCACCUCUGGAGUCAAUUGCACGUCUUGCGCGUCUGUCUGUGAAGGAUAUCGAACGGCACAAUAGCCAGUGUGAAGACGAGAUGGACGUAGAUGAGACUAACCCAGAAUCCGCCUACAGAGCUCAGCCAGUGAUCCAGACCUCGGAAAGCGAUGACGGUCCCGAUGUGGUUACGCCACAAGGGGAACAAAAUGCUCUUGUCCAUGUUCGAGAGCAAGAUGACGCUGUUAGGGAGGUUCGACGAGUCAAGAGACCUACUCCAGAAGCAAUAGCACUGCCGUACCUCCUUAAAGGGGAAGACGUCCGUCCUCUUCACGAGAUAGAGGCUGUCCAGGAUAACAUCCGAGUACUGGAUUCGUCCGUAACGGACAUCGAAGCCGUUUUGGAGGACGACUUCCAGGCGGAAUGCGAUGUUCGUGAAGACGCCGAGGCAGACUUCGAGGCAUACUACAAGCAAUGGCGAGAAGAGUGCGAGGAUUUUGACCGUGAGAAGGAGGAACUAGAGAAGCUCGAGCGUCAAGCAUCUCUUGAACCUGGUCCAGAAGUAGACACCCUGGUUGCGGCACCUCUGGACCCGAUCGCCCAGAGCAGACGACUACUCAAGCACAGUAGCGAGUAUGAACUGGAGCUGGUGCUCAAACAGUCCGAGGAAACCGCACGCAUAGAGCAGGAAAAGCUCGACAGAGAGGCGAAGAAGGUCCAGGCAGACAUGGAGAAAGAAGCUCGCUUGCCGGAUCAAGAGACUGAAGAAGCGAUUGCUCGGUUGACUAUCGUUGAUGCUAACCGUUUGCGAGACCCCGAAGCACUCACGCUUGUCUUCUCCUACGAGCCUCCGGCGGACACCUUCACAGAGGAUGAGCAGCAGUUGUUCAUCGCCGCCUUCAAGGACACACCAAAGAAAUGGGGCGAGAUCGCAUCUCUACUUCCAGGCAAGACUUACAAAGAUUGCAUCCACCAUUACUACGCGAACAAAUGGGACAAUCGAUUCCGGGAUACCAAAGGCAAGAAGUUCCGUGGCGGUCGACGCGGCCGAGGUGGCAAAGCAUCUCGACCCUCGAGAGGAUCAGCUCUUAUGGCAGACCUUAACAGGAAUGAGGAUCUUGGUCAAGCAAAUGAUCAGACGACCGGCCGUCCUAAACGUGCAGCUGCGCCGACGACAUUUGGCGAAAGGGAAGUUGAAGCAAAGGGCCCACUGGCCACACAAUCGCCCGCCAAGAAGAUGGGACCAGGAGGAAAAGAUGCCACUACCGAAGCUGGCGAGAAGCCUGUCAAAAAGCAGCGUCGCGCUCCAGGUGAAGCAAAACCAGGCAGAAAGGCCAAGUCUCAACUUGCGUCUCUGGCUGCUGCACCGUCGAUGUCGCCAAACAAGCCUUUCAUUCAGAGUGAACAGGCUCGUGAGCAGAAUCUACGGGAUGCGCAACUCCUGGCCGGCCUGCAAGCAGGCUCUCACGGUAUGAUCAUGCCAGAACAUUCAAUGGUCUUCAGCCAGCACCACGAAGCGUAUAUGCCAGAAGAGACAGAUCGUUUGAAAGCUGCGGCGCCAGCAGCCAAGCAAAGUGCAUCAAGCUAUUGGUCCGUUCCUGAGCAGACAGAUUUCUUCAAGUAUAUUGCACAUUUUGGUACUGACUUUGCGGCAAUCGCUAGUCAUAUGGGUACAAAGACGCAGACCAUGAUUAAGAAUCAUUAUCAGCGUCAGAUCGAUGGAGGCCGUGCGGACCUGGGAGACUCCGCGAACAAUGCAGAUGCCCGGCGCGAACGAGGAGAGGACAUAGGCCCACCCCCAACGCCAACGCCUAAUGUCAAACGCAAAUACGAAAAUCCUCAAUCUGGCGGUACACCACGUGCACUAGCACCGCAGACCGAAGCAAUGGACAUUGAUGAGCCACUGCAAGGCCCGCCAUCAUCGAUAUCUAAGCAUGCAUCGCCUCCUGGUUCCCAAUUCCAAACGAAGCCGCGAUUCCCGACUUCAGCACAGAGCACGCCCAUACCUGCGCAGCGAGUAGUGCCAAGCCCGCUGCCAACAGUGUCAACACCAGUCGUUAACAACAUGCCACCCCAUCGAGGUCAGCAUAGCGCAUUGCAGCAUCCAGAAGGCUCACGCUUGGCGAGAAUGAUGGACUCAGGCCCAGUUCGCGAACCCCGACCAAGCUUUGCAUCUGCGUCUGGCUUUCGUGGACAACCUGAAUCCGAUCAUGUUCCAUUGCCGCCACGUAGUCAGCCUCCUCCUGGACCAGUUCGCACUCCAUCCAACCCUGCCGAUCCGCAGUACAUAACCAACCUGCAGAAGGAGCAGGAGAGGGCCAUGCAACUACAACACCAACAGGAGCAACAAAUGCGUCAGCCACAACACAUGAUGUUACCACAUACUCACGGCUCUCCAGCCAGUCAGCCUCUCAUUACACCUGUCAUGGAUCGCAAGCCGAUGCUCGAAGAGCGUGUUCCAACCCCACCCCGAUCAACGUUCCCGCCAAGUGGUGCUUCACGAGCGUCAAUUUUCGCACCUAUGGGCAUGAACCCGAUGACGACGCCUGGCGGCAUGUUCCCCUCGCGAGGUUCAUACAACUCGUCAACGCCCAAGUAUGAGGUGUCCAGACCAGGUUCUGUGACGACAUCAGCCUCGCUACAGCCACCACCAGCUCAGAUUCCCGCACCCAUCGCUACGCCAGCGCCAGUCGCAACACCCGCGCCAGAGCCCCCAAAGCGCUCCAACGUGAUGUCUCUUUUGAAUUCCGAGCCCGAGGAGACAAACCAUGCCCCCAAGCGCGACAGUCUGCCAUCUGUACCAGCAAGAAUCGCAUCGCCGGCACCAUCCACGUUCCCGCCCACGUCAGCCCCACAGCAGAUGUCUAAUCUAUCCUCGCGAAGGGAGCAAUUCGGCCAACCAUCGAUGCCACACUCGCAGUUUCAUCGGCCUUCUCUUGGACAACAUGGUUCAUCAACGCCAAAUGCAACGCCAGCGUCACUCAAACAGGAAACGUCUCAAGGAAGCGCCUCUUCGAUACAGCAGCCGCCGAAGCACGAAUGGCCACCUCGUGUACUCGGACCUGGGAAUCAUGCAAGCCCCCCUCACCCAGCUCCGCUGGACAGGGAGCCGCGACCACCAUUUUACCAGCCGCAUCGGAGCAUGAUGAGCCAUUUGGGUCCACAGCGCGUGAAUCCCUCACCUCCGCCAUCGCAGCAUUCAAGGACAUCGUCUCUAUCAGGGCAGCAACAAGGAGUACCUCCUCGCGAGCAGAGACCUGGAAUUAGCGGCCCACCUCCUGGCGGACCUCAUCCAUCGACUCAAAGCUUACAUUCGAAUCCGUAUGCCAAUCAACAGCAGUUUCCUCCAUUUUCGCAAGCUCCUGCUCAGGCUCAGAAUCGCGCUCAUCACUCGCACAACAACUCGCUCACAGAAGUGGGAGCUGGACUGCAGCGUGUGCAUGGCAGUGGUCGUGAGGAGCAUUUCAGACGUGAAGAAGAGGUCAGAAUACAGCGUGAGCGUGACGAACAGCAGGCGCGGUACGAGGCCAUCUCGCGUGAGCGCUCCCGGCAGGAAGAAGCCCAACGACGAGAGGCGUUCCAUGCUCAGCGAUAUCAAGAACACGAAAUGGAGCGCCAGCGCCAGCAGCAGCAGCAGCAGCAGCAAGCAUACCCAAGAGGUCCAAUGCAAUCUCAGCCGCUUGGACCGCCGAGCUACAGCUCGCCAUUUGGUGCGCCUCGAGUGGGCCACGGUGGUAUUAGAGAACAGUCGCAAAGAGAGGUCGAGACUCUGGUUGCGCAGCAGGCACAGGAGCGUCGCAUGAUGGAAGAUCAUGAGCGGCGCCGGCAACAAGAGCAUCAACAGAUGCCGCCGCAACCUUUCAUAGAUCGAAGAGAGACGCCAGCGGAUCCAUAUCGGAGAAGGCCCGAGGAUGCGAUGUUCCCGUCGGGACGCAAUACUCCCUAUGGCGGACCAUAUUCGCAGCCACCGCCUCCGCGGAGGUAG